CAACAAGGAUGCAGUCUCAACAGCCAGCGAACCCUUCUCUCUCCAGCUGAGCGAUGCGGUUAUGGAGGACGAUGUUCAGCUGGCUCUCCUCAAGAAGCUUCUCAAUGUAGCAGGUGGCCUCCCCAGCAUAGUGAAGGGCGGCGGCGAGAGGGGCGGCGGUGCGGAGGAGAUGAGGUACGAGAGCUGCGGGUGCGGCGGCGGAAACUUGUUCCAGAGAAUAGGGAGUGUGGUGAGGGAGCAACGGGCGAGAUUCUAUAUUGCGCGCCGGUGCGUUUUGAUGCUCGUUUGCUGGAAAGACUGCACUGAUUCUUGAUUCACUACUCGUUCUCAGCUAGCUAAUUGUAAUUAAUUAAGCUAGUUUAUUAAUUUCUGUGAUUCUUAUUCUUCAUUGUAUACUAAACCCAGUCAUCAUCACUUUUUAAAGGAAUUAAUUUUGGAUUGUUUU